CGUUCUGGGUACUGAACUGUCCAUUCUAAGCCAGCAAUCUGUUGUCCCAGGCUACACAGCUUGACUGCUCUCCUACAGUAUUCUGUAGGUGAGCUCAGCGAGCUGCCUUCUUCAUGAAGGGCAAGUUCUGGGACAGCGAGUCCAUCAGACCAUCACCAGAGAGAUUGGGCCAGAUAUGCUCCCAGCAUGUGCAGGAGAGUUACUCUGCUCCCUUCAGAACUGGCACCAGAGAUCUGUACUGGGAGUGCUGAGCAGAUUGAUCAAAGAAAAAGUGAUGUAUGAAAAAGAAGCUAAACAACAAGAAGAAAAGGUUGAAAAAAUGAGAGCUGAAGAUGGUGAAAAUUAUGCCAUUAAAAAGCAGGCAGAGAUCCUACAAGAGUCCCGGAUGAUGAUCCCAGAUUGCCAGCGCAGGUUGGAAGCUGCAUACACCGAUCUUCUGCAGUUGUUAGAAAGUGAAAAAGACUUGGAAGAAGCUGAGGAGUAUAAAGACGCACGUUCAGUACUGGAUUCAGUGAAGUUAGAAGCCUGAAAUUUAUCCAUACAGGGGUUUUUUUGGCAUUAAAUCCUGGGAUCCAUUCCACAAUUAUUACUUUUGACCACUAUGCAUGUUGAAGUAGUGUGAGAAUAUGAUUCUUUUUAUGCCAUUGCAUAUAUUUUUCUUAGCCUAAUUUAACGUGUCAAUAAAUGAAUUCAUCUAAUAAAAUUGUUUAUUUCAUACUUCA